GGCGACUCCACAGCAAGUCUCAGCGAGUCUAUUAUACACACGCCGUCCCUGCCAUUGCUGCCCUCGCAGCCAUUGCCAGUGCGAGAGCGCGCAGCACAUCCACGGCCAAGCACCCACACGGCCCCAAGAGCUCACGUCUUGCCCGCGCCGCCUCUGCUCGGGCAACGAGCCGUCUAGCUUCAUCUGCCAAGAAAUCCUCCUGCACCGCCAACCAUGCAGCUCUCCGCAAUCUUAGAGAGUGCACCCAUCACAGACCCUGAGGAAGAGGCCUUUGUCGUCUUCUCGCAAGCCCUCCCGUCCCAGUCGCUAGGCAUCAUCGAUGCCCACGCCGAGGCGCUGGAGCUCAGCGUCGCCGGGCGCGACUUGGUCAUCCAGCAAAGCAGAGGUCUGCUGACGAGCGACCGCAAGGCAGGAACCACGGGCGCAGUUGUCUGGGCUGUCACGCCGAGGUUUGCGGAGUGGAUGGCCUCAUCCACCAAUGUUCUCUUUACGUCAGGCCUGCUGUCGUCCAGUUCGACGUGCAUAGAACUCGGCUCCGGCAUCUCUGGCAUCGUAGCCCUCACGCUGGGUGUGAAGAUAGCUUCUUUCACAGCGACAGAUCAAGACUACGCUAUGAAGCUGCUGCGGCAGAACGUUGCGUCUAACCUUGACGCCGUCUUCCCUGCACCGAACAAGGGCGCCAAAGGGAAGAAGCGGCAGCCUUCGAAUCCAAAUAGUGAACGCAUCAAAGCUGAGAUCUUCGAUUGGGAGGAGGAUUCUGUCGAACAGCUGCAGCCUGUUGACAUGGUUGUGGCUUGCGACUGCAUAUACAACGAGGCGCUCGUCGAGCCGCUGAAUAAUACAUGCGCAGCGAUAUGCAACCUCAACAAGGAUGCGACUGAGCCUACGCUGUGUAUAGUGGCACAGCAACUACGCUCACCAGAUGUGUUUGAGACAUGGAUCAAGAGCUUUCAUCGCCUGUUUCACAUGUGGCAGGUACCAGACCGGUACCUCGACGAGGAUCUCAGGGAGAAUAGUGGGUUCGUAGUACACAUAGGUAUCGUCCGGUGACAUGGAAAUGUUGGUAAUAAACCCCUGGCACCCAAACAAACGUGAAUUACUUGCGUGCAUCUUUGCGGCACAGAAAAACC